CGCCGUGUAUUGGGAGCAUCUCCCGGUGAUGACAUCACCCUUUCUGAUAUUAUCAUCGGGAGAUGUUCCCACGGGAAUGAAGUGGUUCCCUCUUGGCAUUUCGAUCAACUGCAGAACCAUCGAUGUCCACGGAAAAAUCCUUCUUUUACGUUGAUGAACACUGGGAGUCCUCUCAUCCUCUGUUCCAAAUCAGCCAUUGAAGAGCCCCUUCCAGGAAUGGUGUCUAACUCGGAGAAGGUAAUCUUAUGCUAUUGCAUGAGUGGUGGUGAGUUAGUAACAUAUCCAGAUGGAUCUGUUUCUUACAAAGGCGGCAUUACAAAAGGAGUGAGAGUUGACAGCAAUACCAAAUACAGUGAUUUUAUACGCGAGCUCUGCAGCAAAUUUGAAAUUGAUCCAAACACAGUAACCUUGAAAUAUUCCACUCCAUUUGACAAGAGCCGCCUUCUUGCUUUGUCGGAUGAGUCUGAUUUUGCAAAUUUGCUAGGUUUUAACCAAGGAAUUGCGGAUGUGUAUCUAGUUAAAGGAGAGAGGUGUGUAGAAUCCCAGGAAACUACAAGGUGCUCUGGAGAUGUUUUGGUAGGAUCUGUAGUUGAAGAUUCUAACCUUGAGGAAGCAACAAACAGGUCAAAUGACAAAGCUCCUUUGCUGUCUGCAUUAUGGGAGAAUGCCAUAAAAGGGGUAGGACAGAUGUUUGACAGUAGCAAUGAGUUCCGAAAUGCACUUUCCAAUUUCUCAAUAGCUUGCCGUUUUGGGUAUAAGUUUAUCAGGAAUGACCGUGAGCGCAUAACUGCACAAUGUGAUGCUGAUGGCUGCAAAUGGAAAAUCUAUGCUACUGCAGUAGGAAACUCCAACAAAUUUAGGGUACGCAAAUAUGAAGAUAAACAUACCCACCCAACUAAUUAUGAGGAGACUGUGAAGUACCGAAUAUCAAAGACAUGGGUUUCUAAUAUUAUAAAGGAAAAAGUUCGAAAUAACCCUGCUUAUAUGCCACGGGAAAUAAUUGAGGAAAUAAAGCGUGACUACAAUGUUGACAUAGCUUAUCAUCGGGCCUUGUGGGGCAAGGCAACUGUAAGGGAGGCUGUAAAUUUAUCACUCAAGAACUCCUUCAAGCUUGUACCUUGGAUUUGUCAAAGACUGGUUGAGUCUAACCCUGGCACUGUUGCUGUGUACACGUCAAAAAGUGACUCAACAUUCCAUCAGCUAUUUAUUGCUUACUAUGCUUCUAUUCAUGGGUUCCGUGUUGGUUGCCGUCCUAUUCUUUUUGUGGAGGAGAAAUCCUUGAAUGGAAAAUAUCUUCAUACAUUACUUUCUGUGACAGCUGUGGAUGCUGACAAUCGGAUGUUUCCUGUGGCUUUUGCUGUGGUUGAGUCAGGAUCCUUGGAAAAUUGGAGAUGGUUUUUUAGAAAUGUAAAGGUGGCUCUUGAUGACAAUAGAGAUAUCGUUUUUGUGUCUGACAGGAAGGAAGACAUUGUUAAGGCAGUUAAGGAGAUAUAUGGGUCAGUGCCUCAUGCACAUUGUUACCGCCACUUGACCGAAGGUUUCAAGAUGAUGUUGAAAUGCUUACAUUUGUCCCCUUCAGUGCAGGAUGUGCUAAAGAUGUUAUUGGAUAAAACUGCAUAUGCAAAGACUAGGGUAGAUUUUGACAAUGCUUUGGGGAAAAUGAGGUCUAUUUCAGAGGAGGCAUAUGGCUGGGUUCUGAAAAAUGAACCUAUUCACUGGGCUAAUUCACUAUUCCCUGGCAAGCGUUAUGACCAGUUCAGUGUGAAUAUUGCUGAUUCUUAUGGUGCAUGGAUUCCAGAAGCACAAGAGCUGUCAAUAAUAGAAUUGAUUAACCUAAUCCGUAAAAAUAUAACAGAUAUUAUGUUUGGAAGGCAAACUAAUUGUGUUGCAUGGAAAUUUCCUGUGGGUGGUACAAUUGAAGAAAUGUUGAAAAGGAAUAUUAGCAAAAGUGAAGGAUUACAUUUCCGUUGUUCAUCGGCCUUUAGAUUUGAAGUGUUUGGGAUUCCUAUCAAUUAUUGUGUGGACCUAAUCCAAAGGACUUGCUCUUGUAGGGAGUGGGAUAUGGUUGGUCUCCCAUGUAUACAUGCAUGUGCGGCACUUAAAAGUAUUCAAGCUGACAUCUAUUCAUAUGUGGAAAAGUGCUACCUAAAAGAGACACAACAAGCCAUUUACUCAGAGUGCAUGCAUGCAGUAUGGACAAAUGAAAUACCUGAUGGUACCUCCAUGAAUGGGAUUGAUGAUGAUGCUUCAAGUUCUGGACUUGGUCUUCUUCGUCCUCCUUCUCCUCCUCCAUGUCUUCGCCAUUUGCAUGGUUGUCCAAAGAAACAUAUGGAGCCUCGAAACAAAGAAAAAAAUAUGGAGCCUCAAAACAAAGAGAAGAGGCCACUUCAUUGCAGUCUAUGCAAGGAGGCUGGCCACAACCGCAAGAGAUGUAAGAUCCAGAUGUAACAUUAUCUAAUUGAGGUAUACAUAGUUCUUAUUUCUUUUUUUUUUUUUUUCUUUUUUUAAAUCUGACCAUAUUAAAUAUGAAACAACAUAGCAUAUAAAAAGAGGGGUCAGCAUUGGUAAUC